CUUGUGGUGCUAACUGGCUGUUAAUUGCUAGCCUAUACACAGGCAUCCUCCACAUGCAGAAACUGUCCCCUUCAAGGGAAACUUGCCUAAUGAGAUUAUCUAUCAGAGCAUGGGCCUGUCUAGACACCCCAAUACACAACCCCCUGCUGCUGCUGGCAGUCCUGCAGGCAUCAGAGGAUGCCCCCCAGGUUCUGGUGCCACUGCGAGCCCUGAUCUGCAGCAGGGAAGUCUGUCCAUAUUUGUUUUAGAGUCUCUUAGCAGUUAAUAAAGAUGCAUUUCCUCCAUCCCCCUUCCUGUGGGGACGGUAUCAAGGCUCUGUUAAGUCUCUUUGAUUUCCAGCGCCCUCCAAUCACAGUGGGACACUGACUCAUCAUUGUGCCACUUCAAAGCCUGGGAAUGGCUCUCUUGACCCCACCCACUCCAGGGAUCCCCUUAAAAGUCACGGUCACCCCGUCCAGCAAGUCUAAAGAUCUCUGAAAUAUCUGGUGCAACAAGGCUGAAUGACCCUCUGACUCCCUGAGCGACUGGAUUUCUUUUUACUCAAGAGGAAGGAGAGCAAGGAGGGAGAGCAGAGCUGAAGAAACACUUUGGAUAUCACUGAUACUUGGAUUGCUUAUUGGCCUUCUGUGCAUGAAUCUUGUUAAGCUCUUUCUGUGCUGCCACUGAAUCUGAAGAAUGCAGUCCAUCAGAGACUUGAAGGCCAACUUUAGUGGCCCUCCUCCCUCCUCCAUGGCUGCCGGCUCUGAUGCCUAUCUCCAGGGCAACAUCAGGAUGACUCUGGAGGACCCUGAGCUCUGGAAGACCUUUCAUGAAAUUGGAACAGAGAUGAUCAUCACUAAACCGGGCAGGAGAAUGUUUCCACACUGUAAAGUGAAUCUGUCCAGUCUUAUUCCAUGUGCCAAGUACAUCUUACUGGUUGAUAUGGUCCCAGAGGAUGGUUUCAGGUAUAAGUGGAAUAAAGAGAAAUGGGAGGUGGCGGGAAAAGCAGAGCCUCAGCCUCCCUGCAGGACCUACCUCCACCCAGACUCUCCGGCCCCAGGGAGCCACUGGAUGAAGCAGUCCGUCUCUUUCCUCAAGCUCAAGCUCACCAACAACACGCUCGACCAACACGGCCAUAUCAUUUUGCACUCAAUGCAUCGCUACCACCCGCGCUUCCACAUCGUCCAGGCAGAUGACCUGUUCAGUGUCCGCUGGAGUGUUUUCCAGACCUUUACCUUCCCUGAGACUUCCUUCACAGCAGUCACCGCUUACCAGAACACCAAGAUAACAAAGCUGAAGAUUGAUCACAACCCAUUUGCAAAAGGUUUCCGGGAUGAAGGGACAACUAAAAAAAGGCGUGCAAACAAGAACCCAGCCUGCCUUGAGAAGCGAGCCAAGAUCUCAGACAUGCUGAACAGGGACUCUGAGGAGGACAGUCCACCAGAUUUCUGCCGGUCAUCCUACGAGGGUUAUGACGGAGAUGAAGGAGACUUGCCGAAAAGGAAGGAGGUUGACGCAGUCAAAGAGGAGCGUUACUCCCCCUGGGCUGCUGAGAGGGAGCACAGUGUGAGGACUGACUCACCUGCUGGGACAGACACCAGGGACAUGUACAACGCAGAGCAGCUGGUUCCUGCUCCAGCAUCCUACCAGCCUUACAGGUUCCAUGAGUAUGGAAAGUCGCCCUCUCCCUCCUCCAGCAUCGGCAGCAGCAACAGUGGAUCAGGACGCAGCAGCUUUGAGUCCAGGGUCCCUGACGUCGCCACUGUCCCUGAUCAUGACUCAUCAAAGCACCGCACCCAUGAUAUUGGCCCUUCCCCAUGUGGGCCCCAGCACCUCCCCAGCCCGCAGGACUAUACUGGGGUGCUCAACAUGACCAUGGCCCAGGCCGGGAAGCCUGGGGUGAUUGGCCACCACAUCUACAGCCCCUACAGCGCCGAGCAGCCCCUGGGUCAGUGGAGCGGCCCUGGUCCUGCCCAGUAUCCCCCUCCCCACCACCUGACCACUGACUACACUACACAAGCUGUGCACCACGGCUAUCACCAUGGCAACGUGGCUGAGUGGAGCCAGUACCCACUGUUCUCUUAUUCCUGCUGGUGAGGGGAUCUUCAGUGUUAACUGACUGAGAGUGACUUUACCAAUGCUGCUGCACCAUCUUGCCAGAAUGCAGAUCCAGUACUAACUGCUAUGAGAAUGCAUGCCCACACAAGGCUGAGGGCCAGAGGCCUGCGACAAGAAUAGAAAAACUGAAAGAUGAAAAGAAAUACGGAAAUACUGAAUCCGCCUGUCGCUGUCUUCUGUUGAGACUGGCAGGAUUCAUGCUCCAGUUAUACUGAGUGCAACUAAAGUGCUACUCCAUGCUGAUGAGUUGUGUUAUUGUUGAAUUGUCUAUUUAUUUUGAA